AAAUGUUGUGCAUGGGAGUGACAGCAUAGACAACGGGGAAAGAGAAAUAGGACUGUGGUUCAAGGAGGGCGAGGUGUUGGAGUGGGAACCAUCAAUGAUGCCAUGGCUCCGAGAGUAGCGUUUUUUUUUGGUUGUUGUUUCCCCC